AUGAAAACGUCACUUCAACAUACAGACUCACUAGGCGAAUUAUUCAUCCUAAACAAAUUUGAACCUACACUAAAACUGUUUUUCUCUGUAACCAAAAUCGUAUAUAUGAGUCUAUUAUUCGUCAUUUUUAUUUUAUAUUAUGCCACGCACUACGAACAAUAUCCAAUUACUUUCUCCAUGAGAAUAUUUCAUAUCCAAAUUUGA